AUGAUAAAUAUAUUUUUAGUUUUAAUCAAGAAGAUUAAGGAGGCUGAGAAUAUUGAUCUUUACAUACCAAUUGUCUUAGCGAAUUUCAAGUUUAAAAUUAUACCAAAAGUUUUGACUGACAGAUUAGCUCAGAUUCUUCCACACAUUAUUUCAAAGGAGCAAAAGGGUUUUGUUAAAGAUAUGAGCAUAAAGGAUUCUAAGAUAUCCGUUUCUAUUAAUGGAAAGUUUCACGGUUUCUUCAAUUGUCAUAGAGGUGUCAGGCAGGGAGACCCGUUGUCUUCGUUAUUGUUUUGUAUAGUCGAGGACGUGCUUAGCAAAGGUUUGUCUCAAAUGGUUUCCAAUGAUAAGAUAAAGCUCAUGAAAGCUUACAUUGUCUUGGUUCCUUCUCAUGCUUUAUAUGCCGAUGAUAUCAUGUUAUUCACUAAAGGUAGUGUUAGUUCCCUUGAUGUUAUAUCUGCGCUCUUCAAAAGAUAUGUUGAAUGUUCUGGACAUGUGUGCAAUCCUGCUAAGUCUAUUAUGUUUGCUGGGCAUAUGUCUCAUUCUAGACAUUCUAUGCUUGCCAACAAAAUUGGUUUCAUAGUAGGUCAAUUGGCUUUCACUUAUUUUGGGGUCCCUAUCUUCAAAGGAAGGCCUAAAGUUUCUAAUUUUCUGCCUAUUAUUGAUAAAGUCAGAUGUAAACUAGCAGCGUGGAAGACUAUUCUCUUGUCUAUAAUUGGAAGAAUUCAACUCGUGAAAUCGGUUAGCCAUAGUAUGUUAAUGUAUUCUAUUAGAAUAUAUUCUUGGCCUGUUAGUCUCAUUCAUUUGGUUGAAAAGUUGUACAUGAAUUUCAUUUGGAGUGCCGACAUUGAAAGGCGUAAAAUGGUGACUGUGUCUUGGAAGAUUUGUUGUAAAGAUUCUAAAAGUGAGGUUUGGGUCUGA